GAGAACUACCGAAUUCGGAAGGACGGCGGCAAUGGCGACGCACUGAUGACUCGAUACCACUUCCAGACACGCGAUGACAUUCUGCUGCCUCGAGAGCCAGUGCCGCGGAAGGAGUUCCUCGAGCACUCCUCACUGUACGGCCACCAGUACAUGCAGGGCGGCGCCGGGGAGGGCACACAGCGCCUCAAACCGGACGGCUCGGUGGCCAACAUUCAGGUGAUCAAGUCUGACUCGGUUCUGCCUGCUUACUGCAACCCGCCCAAUCCGUGCCCGGUCGGCUACACAGGUGAUGACGGCUGUCUGGACGAGUUCAGCAACACAGCGGACUUUAGCAAGGAGUACCAGGCGUCGCAGGAGUGCAUGUGCGACAACGAGCACAUGUUCGCCUGUCCGGGCAGUACCGAUGAAAAUGAGCUAGAGACGCUGGCCCGGUCUAUUCAGAAUGAGGGACUCAUGGACAGUNACGAGCACAUGUUCGCCUGUCCGGGCAGUACCGAUGAAAAUGAGCUAGAGACGCUGGCCCGGUCUAUUCAGAAUGAGGGACUCAUGGACAGCACGAUGGACAAGAUUCUUGAGAACAUGCAUACUCCGCCCAAUCACAAGGUCGUCGCCAAGAAGUUUUUCAUCAAACGAUCGGGCAACGCGCAAGUGAAGAAGGUGGUGAAGCGAUCAGUGGGAUCGGGCAAAGCAUCGAAAAAGUCGAGCAAAUCG